GACAUCGCGACUUUCGUAUUGUUUAUAAACUUUUAAGUUUUCUUUAACGAAAUGCUCAAAUAAUUACUCAUAAUGGCUUCUAAAUUUGGUGAUACGUCUCCUGUUCAAGAAGGACCGAGGAAUGUGAAACAAGAGCGACAACAAGUCCCAAAACUAGGUCGAAAGAAAAAUGAUUUUUUUGACAAACUGGAUUCACUCGAACGAGAAUAUAUUGCUUUAGAAAAGGAAAGAAAUACAAUGAUGUUCAGUCGACGUAGUGAUUUUAGAAAAGAAUAUUCCAGCUUAGAAGAAUCUGAAAUGAAGACAUCAUCUGAAAGAAUGACGGAAAAACAAACUAUCAAGCAGCAGUUAAUCAAGAUAAAAAUCAAUGUUGACAAGUUUCAGAGAGAGCUUGUUGAUGUCAAACCAACACCGGCCUUUGUACAAAAAUUGAAAGAAAUGAUGGAAGAUAUUGAAAAUUGUAUUAUGGUCUUCAAAGAACAACAAAGAAAAAUUUAUGAUGAUUUAAUACAUGGUGAAAGGACAACACAACAAGAGAUUAAAUCACUUGAGAAAAAAUUUGAAUCCUGGUCACAGCUGCCAGCACCCACAACUGCUGCUGUAACCAACAAGAAAGCAGCAAAUGCUGUUGUGGCGACAUCCAUGCCUCCUGCAGUUGCAGCAUUUGAGAAAUUUGUUCUUCAAACUGGUGGUCAUCAAGGAGGAUGGGACGAUUAUGACCAUCAACUGUUCUUGAAGCUAAAGGCCAAACACAAGAACAAGGAAGCUUUCCUAAAUGUCGCAGGACAGUCAAUACCAGGUAAGAGUCCAGACGAAGUACGGCAGCAUCACGACUGGUUCCUGGAAUAUAUGGACUUAAAAGAAAUCAAAAGGAAAGCGAUACUGGAAUGGAGACAACACAAAGAG